CCCUGCCCACUUCUACAAAGCCAUUCAACUCCGAUAUAGUGAGCUCUCUGAGGCUUCUCCAGUGCUGUGCACAUCAGCAGGACAGGACACCGCCACACUUCUUUUUGAAGGACUAAACUAGAGUGGACACUCUCUCCCAAACACUUCAUUUUUACAAAGACUGGACGGAGUGGACAAGACAUUUUGUUUUAGACAGUAAACCUGCUUUUACCAACUGGACAAAACAAGAGGAAUGGUUUUAUAAAGCCGAGAGGAGACGCUUGCUUUUCUGGACUUUACAGGAGAAGUGGUUUAUGAGGACUGGAGCAAAGACCUGGUUUGUGAGGACCAAGUAAAGAUAGUGAAGUGCUUUACUCCAUAAAGAGUAAUACAAGGGCACUGCUAGGUCUCAAAACCUGCAUCUCUACUUUCCAACAUCCAACUUUUUGAAGCUAGCAGCACCUCUCUAAGAGAAGGAUUGUACUUUUCGCUUUGCUGGUGUCGGUGAAACCCCAUCAACACCUUGUGAAUCGGGAGAGAUAAGGUGAGGAGAGCUGUCCGGUGUUCUGCUUCUCUUUCGUCACCCUCGCCGCGGGUGCCGCUGUCCUCUACUCACCCUUCUCCAGGGAGUGUGUGUGUGCGCGUGUGUGAGUCGGCGCUCUGUGGCACAGGAUGCACUCGUUAGCCGCGUUGGCCGGGGUGUUGGCGUUGCUUCUCGCCAGGCUCCAGACAGGAUGUGGCUCCCCUAAUGUGGCGGGACCAUUGGCAGCGGUGGAUGGGGCUACGCCGGAGCAGGGGCUGGGGCAGGAGACCCAGGUGACCCACUGUCCGUCCUGUGUGCUGGCCCAGAUGAGGAGGGGUUAUGACCCGGUCCCUCCUGGAUUUGAGUCAGCAUCUGAAUCUGCAUCUUUGACUUUGGCUCAGACUUUGGGCCAGACGGACAUGGUUGAAGCGGUGAAGCGGCACAUCCUCAACAUGCUCCACCUGAGUGCACGGCCCAAUGUCACGCACCCGGUGCCGCGCGCUGCCCUGCUCAACGCCAUCAAGAAACUACACGUGGGACGCGUGGGCGAGGACGGCAGCGUGGAGAUCCAGGAGGAGGGACCGGGGGGCGCUGGCCAUGAGGGGGUGGCACUGCCCGAGCCGCCCUCUGAGAUCAUCACCUUUGCCGAGCCAGGCAACUCUCCAUCUGCCGUGAUCUUUGACAUUUCCAAGGAGGGCAGCGAGUUCUCGGUGGUGGAGCAGGCCAACGUGUGGCUCUUCCUGAAGCUGGCCAAGGGGCAAGGGCGAGGCAAGGGCAAAGUGAACAUCCAGCUUCUGCAGCGCCGCCGGCAGAAGCUGAAAGCUCCAGGCUCUGCCUCCACCUCCACCGAGACCCAGGGUGAGGAGGAGGAGUUGGUGUCGGAGAAGAUGGUGGACACGCGGCGCAGCGGCUGGCACACGCUCCCCGUACCACGCAGCAUCCAGUCCCUGCUGGAUGCCGGUGGCAGCGUCCUGGACCUGCGAGUCUCCUGCCCCCUGUGCACCGAGGCGGGCGCCACACCUGUCUUGGUCCCCGCCGAGGGCGAGCAACCGGGACGGGAGCGGGAACAGUCCCACCGGCCGUUCCUCAUGGUCGUACUGCGGCCUGGCGAGGAGGAACACGCUCACCAUCGUGCCAAACGUGGCCUGGAGUGCGACGGCAAGAUGCACAUGUGCUGCAAGAGGCAGUUCUACGUCAACUUCAAGGACAUCGGCUGGAACGACUGGAUCAUUGCGCCGCCGGGCUACCACGCCAACUACUGCGAGGGUGACUGCCCCAGCCAUGUAGCCAGCAUCACGGGUUCCUCGCUGUCCUUCCACUCCACUGUCAUCAACCACUACCGCAUGCGGGGCUACGCGCCCUUCCAGAACAUCAAGUCGUGCUGCGUGCCCACGCGACUACGCGCCAUGUCUAUGCUCUACUACAACGAGGAGCAGAAGAUCAUCAAGAAGGACAUCCAGAACAUGAUCGUGGACGAGUGCGGCUGCUCGUAAGAGACAGUACAGAGCAGUAAAGACUCAUCCAUAAUAAGAAGGCACCAUUAGUACGAUGGACAUAAUAUAGCUGGUAUGAUGGACAAUGGAUGUUGCCGUUUUUCCCUUCAAACAAAAACAAGGCAUUUUUGGGGAGUUCAAUGACGGAUCUGUCUGUUUUGUCUUAUUAUCUGACGGGGUAUCGUGAAAUUGGAAUAGUCUCUGUGGCACUUUCAGAUAAAAAAGAGAUACAUAUUCUAUUUUUGUUAAAUGGAGACCAAGAGUGGGACUACUUAUCACUGUUUAUGCGCAAUGUGAUUCCUGCUUCUCUGCAUUGCAAUGAACAUGGAACAGUUCCCUGAAGAAAGAAACUAUGCAACUGAUAAAAUAUUACGAUGUGUUGUAUUUUUGUUCAUGUUUCUUUAUAUGUGUGUUUUGUUUCUUAAUUGUAUACAAGGAAGACUUUUUGAUACUUUUUUUCUCCAAAUGUGUUUCAAAUGUUUGUAUUGUUAUUGUUGAGAGAUACUUGAAAGAAAUAGGUUUGACCAGCUACUGGAGCCAAACACUUAUAUAAUUAUUAACAAGGUUUAUUAUUAUUAUUAUUAUUAAUUUCUGAACUACUUUGUCUUUGUACAUAAAAAUAAUGAAUGUUGAAAUUUGCACUAUACCAACAUUCUUGCCAGCUUGAUCACAUUGACGGUAACUGGCAUUAGGGCAUGAAGAGAUACUAUUUCAAGAGAAGACAAUACACCAGACAAAUUGAACACAUAAACAGCACAUACUACAGCUACGGACAGUCUCUCAAUCAAAGUAACGCCAAAGAUAGGAGCACCAUUAGCUUUCAAUAUGAGCUAUUUACCAGAAGGACAAUCUCUACUAAAGCGUCUCGAUUAAUCUUCCUAACAACUAGUGAUGACAAAGAAAAAAAAAUCACUUUGACCAGUGUAUGAAAAUUGUGAAACUAACACUUCAAAGAGUCUGAAAAUCUCUUCCAAUGGUUAAAUCAAUUUGGUAUGACUUUUUUCCUGCUUCUUUUGUUCAACACUUCUUUCCAACUGAAAUUGGAGAGCAGUGGUGUUCCAAACAUAUGACAUAUAUGAUGAUAUUUAUCACAUGACAUACAGUACCAGUCAAAAGUUUGGACACACCUACUCAUUCAAGGGUUUUUCUUUCU